AUGUCUGUACACCCCAUUCUUAGGGAUAUACCCCAGCAGCAGCAGCAGCAGCAGCAGCAGCAGCAGCAGCAGACAGGAGGAGGAGGAGCAGGAGCAGCAGGAGGAGAUGCAGGAGGAGCAACAGUUGCUGCUGAUGGUCAAGGAUCUGCUGCUGAUGAGAGUCAGAGGAUAAUGCAGCAGCUGCUGCAGCAGCAGCAGCAGCUGCAGCAGCUAAAUAAGGAAUUAGAUAGGGAAGCAUUUGCUGCUGCAGUAAGAAUAUGCAUAGAGGGGAAUGCUAGUAACGAGGAAGUAAAUAAAAGAAUAAUAAGACCACCUAAUAGAUUCAAGCAGCAGCAGCAGCAGCAGCAGCAGCAGCAGCAGCAGAAGGCAAAGACAGAAUCACAGAGCUGCAACUGCUGCUGUGCAAAACAGCAGCAGCAGCAGCAGCAAUCAACAGACUGCAACGGUGGUGUCCCUCCCUCCCCAGCAGCAGCAGCAGCAGCAGCAGGAGGAACAACAGCAGCAGCAGCAGAUGGGGACAUCAAGAUAGGCAUAACAACAAACAGCAGCAACAGCAGCAGCAGCAGCAGCAGCAGCAGCAUGAUAGAACCCUUUGGCUGCUCCCCCUAUGGAGGUUUAGGUGUAUGGGCAGAUGAGCAUCCGCUGCUUGUUGUGCUGCCUACAGGUGCAUCUGCUGCUGUUCGUGCUGCUGCUGCUGCUGCAGUAUUUGAGGAUUUAAAUGUACCUGCUGCUUUUUUUGCUUCUGCUGCUGCUGCUGCUGCAUUUGCUGUUGGGCGCAGCACAGCAAUUGUUGCAGACAUAGGAGCAGCAGGAGGAUCUGUUGCUGCUGUUGCUGAUGGAUAUACACUGCACUGCAGCACAAGAUUAUUUAAUAUAGGAGGGGACUUUCUAGAUAAACAGAUACAGCUUGUGCUGCAGCACCAGCUGCUGCUGCACUACCAGCAGCAGCAGCAGCAGCAGCAGCAGCAGCAGCAGCAGCUGAUGAUGCAGGACGAUGUUAUGGUUAUGCCACUGUUUGAUAGUCGAUGGUUUAUAUAA